AUGGAAGGCCAGUACGGCCCACACAGAAACCAUGCAUCGCACAACUGUAUGAGGUACCUCGCCAUGGCUUCAGUGUUGCUCAAUCCGAAGAAAAGCGAACGCCGUACCCACCAAGCCAGAUUCAAACAAAGUCCAACACCUCAUGCGUGGAUGCGCUCAUAUCAGACGGCCGCCGGGGUACUCGAGACGCCGCCUGCAGAGCAUGCCCCGGUUGCAGUCGCUCAUCUCCAGUCUUACGGCAAUCUUCCCAUCGAAAACAUGUGGCUAACCUUUGUCUCUAUUCGUUGCCGUGCGAGAUCACCCAGCACAUAG